AGCAGCGCGAAGACUUUGAAGGAAACAAGAUGGCGGACGAACGGCGGGGGCUUCCUGAAAAGGUUUCAAAUCUACCUUUAACAUUUUUAUAGAUUCUCCUUUUUUUUUUCUUGAGCUCACGGAACGAAAGUUCAAUUUGGAGCGGUGUUGUUUUACCUGAAGUGAAGAUUGAAGACGUGAUAGAAGAUGGACGACUACUGCAAUGCUAAGAUGGCGACGUCAUGUCAAAGAGAACAUUCCAGCAAAUCACCAACGGAGAUAAAGACGGAAGAUGAAGACGUCCGGCAGCUGAUUGGUCACUCAGAAGAACUCCCACCUCAUGUGCAGAAGCAAGCGUGUUCAUGGCCCCCACACAUUAAAGAGGAAGAUGAGGAAUUCUGGAUAACGCAGGGAAGUGAUCUCAGCAAGUUGCCACUGACUGUUGUCUCUGUGAAGACUGAAGAUGAUGAAGAAAAACCACUGACUGGUCAUCCAGAAGAACUUUCACUUCAGCCGCAAGGAGAGGGCUCCACUUUGAAGAAAGAGUGUCCAUGCCCCCACCACCUUAAAGAGGAAGAGGAAGAACUCUGGAUAACGGAGGAAGAUGAUCUCACCAAGCUACCACUGACUAUUGUCUCUGUGAAGACUGAAGAGGAUGAAGAGAAACCACAAGUAGACAACCUCUUAGCUCCACUAUCAGACAGUGAGGCCGAAGAGGGCGAUGAAGAACCUUCGAGCAGCGAUACAGACUGUGAAGGUGAUAUGAGGACUCCUAUUGACAACAAACAUUUCAGCUGCUCAGUUUGUGCUAAAAGCUUUAAUCAUAAGAACACUUUGACCGGACACAUGAGAACACACACAGGAGAAAAACCUUUCAACUGUACAGUUUGCGGCAGAAAUUUUUCUCAAAAGACCAAUUUGACAGCGCACAUAAGAACGCACACAGGAGAGAAACCAUUUAGUUGUCUAGUCUGCGGGAAAUUGUUCUCUCAAAAGACCCAUUUGAAAGAACACAUGAAAACACACACUGACAACAAACACUCCGGAGGCUCUAAAAAGACGAGAGAGAAGCAAUGUUUGAGCUGCUCAGUUUGCACUAGAAGCUUUGGUAAUAACAGAAACUUGACCCAACACAUGAGAACGCACACAGGAGAAAAACCGUUCGUUUGUCUUGUUUGCGGUAAAAAGUUUUCUCAAAAGCCCAAUUUGACGCGACAUACGAGAACGCACACAGGCGAUAAACCAUUUAAUUGUUCAGUCUGUGGGAAGGUUUUCUCUUAUAAGAUUUAUUUUACAGCCCACAUGAGAACGCACACAGGAGAGAAGCCGUUUAAUUGUUCGGUUUGUGGGCAAAAAUUUUCUCAAAAGGCCAAUUUGACAGCCCACCAAAGGACGCACACGGGAGAGAAACCGUUUAAUUGUUCAGUUUGCGGCAAAACAUUCUCGCGUAAAACCUUUCUGACCGCGCACAUGAGGACACACACAGGGGAGAAACCAUUUAAUUGUCCGGUUUGCGGUCAACAGUUUUCUCUUAAGGCCCAUUUGCCAGCACACAUGAGAACACACACCGGGGAAAAGCCAUUUAAUUGUUCAGCUUGUGGUAAAAACUAUUCCACCAGGCAAAAUUUAAAUCGACACGUAAUGAAACACACUAAAGAAAAACACGUUUAGUUUAUCGUUUUGUAGAACAAGAUGGCAGACAAAUACGCUUAUGUUCAGAUAGAAAAACACACACUCACAGGGAUUAAUAUUCAGUUGUUCAGUAUAGCUGCAGUCAAAGUAGCGUCUCGUUUGAUCACAUGAGGGAAUCUGCUAGCAUCAAUUAUUAGGUGACUUAUUACAUGUGAUGUCACAUUUUUAUGAUUUGACAAUUUUUUGGAGCACAAUACGGACAACUCAAGUGAUGUUGAAGAACAGCAGCAACACAAAUUUGACUGAUUGAGAACAACAUGGAUGGUUUUUAUCCUCACCUUCCUUUUGAAUCACAGAAGUCUACCGUAUUUUUCGGACUGUAAGGCCCACCUAAAAUCCUUUCAUUUUCUCAAAUAUCGACAGUGUGCCUUAUAACCCGGUGUGCCUAAUUCUAUUGGUGAAAUGACAAGUGUCACCAGUAGAUGGCAGUCACACAUAAGAGAGACUGCAAUGUGACGCCAGUAAACAACAUCAAAAAUGUAAAUUUUCCAUUGAGAAUAAAGAAUAUAACAUAUGGCACUCAAAAAUCCGUCAAAAUGUUUUAGUAGGACUUUGAUGCCACAUUGUUUGAUGGAUUGUCAGCCCAUUACGGCUACCUUAGUCAAUGAUGUGUGUAUAAGGACCGCAUAAUGGCACCCGUUAGCAGACAUAUUAUCUGACUGUUAGUAUCACAAUAUUAUGCAAGAGCAACUUUUCUUACCUUCUGGCACCUGCUGAUCUGUAUUUGAGAUCUGCAUAAGCCCUGAAAAUGUGCGCACGUCCGCCACUGUAGUCCGUGUCGAUGCCAUAGUCAAUAAGCUUCGUCUUUGUUUGUGUUUAGUACAUACUUGCCAACCCUCACGGAUUUUCCGGGAGACUCCCGAAGUUCAGCGCCUCUCCCGAAAACCUCCCGGGACAAAUUUUCUCCUGAAAAUCUCCCGAAAUUCAGUCAGAGCUGGAGGCCACGCCCCCUCAAGCUCCAUGAGAACCGACUCAGCAAUGUUGUGACCCUCUUAAACAGGACAAUACUGCCAUCUACUGUACAUAGAAUAGAAUACAAUGUACUAUAGAUAAAUAGAUAGACAGAUAGUACUUUAUUGAUUCCUUCAGGAAAAUUAAAAUUCCAGCAGCAGUGUACAGAGUUGAGAUCAAUUUUAAAAAAGUAAAAAGUAAAUAAUGGGGGUUUAAAUGGAAACAAAAUAGAGAAAUAUUACAAUAAGAAUAAAAAAUUAAAAGCAACAAUGGGAAUAAAAUUACUGAUCCCUGGGGGAUAUUCAGCACCACAG